AUGACUGGAGGGUUCACCGUGGCUCCAUCCUUUGCUCUCCAGUUACACAAGAUGGGUUCAUUCAGAAGGCCUCGACCUCGCUUCAUGAGCUCCCCAGUCCUCAGUGAUCUGCCACGGUUCCAGGCAGCCCGGCAGGCCCUGCAGCUCAGCUCCAACUCUGCCUGGAACAGUGUUCAAACAGCAGUGAUAAAUGUGUUCAAAGGGGGAGGCUUGCAGAAUAAUGAACUUUACACCCUCAAUGAAAAUAUCAGACGGCUGCUGAAGAGUGAACUUGGAUCCUUCAUCACAGAUUACUUUCAGAACCAGCUCCUUGUGAAAGGCUUGCUGUUCAUAGAGGAGAAGGUUAAGCUGUGUGAAGGUGAGGAUCGCAUUGAUGUCCUGUCUGAAAUCUGGGAUCACUAUUUUACAGAGACUCUUCCUACACUCCAGGCAAUAUUCUACCCAGUCCAGGGUCAGGAGUUGACGAUCCGUCAGAUUGCUCUCCUUGGCUUCAGAGACUUGGUCUUGCUAAAAGUAAAGCUGGAAGAAAUUCUUCCUCUGGUCCAGACAAAGCUCCCAGCUUCCAUUGUCCAGAUGCUAUUAAUUCUGCAGAGUGUCCAUGAGCCUACCGGACCCAGUGAGGGCUACCUACAGCUGGAAGAACUCGUCAAGCAGGUGGUAUCACCGUACUUGGGUUUGUGUGAGGAUCAUGGCUUCUCUGGUAGCACCUCAUCUGGUGGUAAUGAAAGACGGUACUCCAGAUCCCGUCCCAAGACUGGUGCACCGAAUUAUUCAUCUCACGUGGUGACGAGCCGGCAGCCUGGUGAGAUGGCCCUGACCCCGCUGACAGAGCAGGAGGGCGAGGCUUACCUGGAGAAAUGCGGUAGCAUCCGCCGCCACACUGUUGCCAAUGCUCACUCAGAUAUUCAGCUCCUGGCAAUGGCCUCCAUGAUGCAUACAGGAAUUGUGAUUGAGGAGUCGGACAGUGCUGAUAAAUGCCUCCUCCUGCAGCCCAGUUUUAACCACAGGCAGUGCUCCAGUGAGCCCAGUAUUCCUGAUGGGCCAGAGGGAGUCAUGGCAGCAGGUAGGCAGGACCCUGCUGAGCUGAACUGCACAUCGGUCAGCUAG